AUGGCACCAAAUUUUACCAGUAAUCGACCGACCAAGAAGGCGUACAGUCGAAUGGUACAGCCAGCCUUGCCACUGAUCCCUGGAUCAAAGCCAAAGAAGAGCACUGUUGUCGAACAGCCCGCCAAGGCUCAAGAGCCGGACCCAAACCCAGCAAUACCAAAUGCCACCAAUGGCGAAAAGGUUGAGACCAAGACAUAUUCUCCUUCUGAUCCAUCACCUUCAGACGCCUCUCAAUAUGGGUCACCCGCAGAUAAAGAGGUUCCAUCACCAACCGACUCACAUCCCGUCACUCCUUCAGUCUCAUCCACACCUACUCCUCAAGAGCUCCCGGCCGAGUUUUCUGCCGACAAUUCAAAUAGCGAGAAAGAAACUAUCCCUGCCAAGGAACAAAAUUACCGUGUCACUGAACCAUCCAAGAGUGAGGUAAGAAACAAUGACCUCAAAGACGGUGAAGAAGCUGUCACUUCUGCAAAUGGUCAAUAUCCAGAGUCCUUCGAAGAGUCAAAUGUCGUAGUCGGACAAGAGCAGCAAGAGCAAGCACCUGGCCGACCAACUUUGGCUGUACGGACUGAAAAUGCAGGAGAACAAGGUGUUGCAAAUGGAAUAUCACAGUCCAAGCCCACAGAGAACGAUGGAUUCAAUCAGCAACAGGAGCAGCAUCAUCAUGGAGAUCCUCUUGCAUGCGCACCCGACUCCACCAGAGCAGUUCCCGCGCAAUCUCUGAAUGGUUUCCAUCAACCUGUGCCAGCAGGGGCUUCGAAGCCAACGACUUUGCCAGCACCAAUCCCGCGACCCUUCAACACGCUGUCUCCGCUCAAUGAGCACCUCCUUUAUCUUUCUACGUCGAAACAAGGUUGGGAUUGGGUUAUUUUUGUCAAUCCGCCAAACGGACCCCAAUUCUACACGUUUGCUCAUUAUGUCGUCAUUUCUCGGAGCCCGCGGCUACAGAUGUUGACGACUCGCCAAAAUAGCCCCAAUCAGUCAGCCAACACUCUCACUCUGUAUCCCCCACGUCCAGUUAUCCCUCAUGCUUUCGAAGCUGCAUUACGAUUUCUUUACUCGGAUACGGUGUUGGCACAAGACUUCUUUGCACAGCCACAUCCAGCUGCGGAUGUCCAAGCUACUAGACUCCAGAACUUCGACUACAUCAUGUCUUAUUGGGUCUCCGGAAUUGAACUCGGCGUUGAGCAGAUUGCAGGUUGCGCAGAGAGACUCUUGUCCCGCUACCUUGAUUGGGACAUUCUCGAGAUCACAUACAAGAAUGCGAUGGACCUGGCAACGUCUCCCAUCUCUUCUGUCGGAAGGAAUAUGACUGGAUCCGAUUACCCUGUCGCCAGCAGCUCAAUGAUCAAGAUGGUCCUUCAAUUUCUCGCGAAGAACAUUGAUGUCGGCGGCUUCAAACUUGACACCAUCUCAGAAUCUAAUCUCUUGAGUCCUCGACUUCCGCACGUCGAUGAAGGCCGCCCAAAGCACAAUCCGGCAUUGGCCGCUAUGGUGUUUGGGUCUAUGCCGUCAUCUGCUGACAUGUCUCCAUCAUCUCCGCAAUCUGAGAUCUUGCCCACAGCUUCGACUUUCAAAGACACCGUCGCCUCCAACAUUCUCCUCAAUGCUGAUUUCGAGAGCCUCAACCUCUUCAACAAUCUCCUGAAUGCGCAUCAAAACCUCAAAUCGUCAACUCUCAUGGCCGAUGUUGUUAGAGAACGCGAGACACGUCGUCAGAAAGUUUGGGGGGCUCGAUCUGUUUCGAACCGAGAUCGAAUGGCAAAUUCAGCAAUGUGGGAGCCAGUCGGAUUGAAAGAAUUAUUGAACGACCAUGUCCUUUCGAGAGAACGUGUUGGAUUCUUGCUGUCUUCCAAGUGA